AGUGUCUUCAUUCACUGCGCGGCUAAACCAUCCGAUAGAACCGCCCUCUUGUUUUUACCUUUAAAAAUACAAUAUUUUCAAUAACGCGUCUACGAGCACCCCGGUGGACUGGUUGAUGAGGCGACGAAGACAAGAUGCCUUCCCGUUUAAGUUUGUGGUUAAGUUGUUAGCGUGUUGGUGUGGUGGGUGAAAUGGUCACGAGACAAAUCUUCGAUGAGCCCCACCUGGUGCAAGCAGUGUUUAAGGGUGAUGUGGAAGAAGUGGAGGAGUUGCUGGCAGAAGGGGAAGAGGCCAACUACCAGGAUGCAGAGCGCCGCAGCGUGCUGCACGCGGCUGCAUUCUGUGGCCUUCACCAGGUCACCGCCCUGCUCCUGGCACAUGGUGCUCGUGUCAAUGCCAAAGACAACAAAUGGGCCACUCCGCUGCAUCGUGCCUGUGCCUCCGGAUACGAGGACGAUAUCACCCACCAACUAAAGCCCGAACCUAUAGAUGUAAAGAAAACUGUGGACGUGCUACUGCGACACCAAGCAGACGUGAAUGCACGGGACAAGUUUUGGCAGACUCCACUACAUGUGGCAGCCGCAAAUAAUGCAGUGUCAUGUGCUGAGCUUAUCAUUCCUCUGCUGAAUAAUGUCAACAUCUCGGAUCGUGCUGGCCGCACCAGCCUUCAUCACGCUGCCUACAAUGGGCACACAGCGAUGGUGGAGCUUCUGCUGCAGAACAAUGCGACCUGCAACUUCUUCGACAAGCGUGAUCGUCGGGCCAUCCACUGGGCUGCCUACAUGGGUCAUACAGAGGUUAUUUCUCUACUGGUCAGCCACGGAGCUGAUGUCAAUGUGCGAGACAAAGACUACUACACCCCUCUACACUGUGCGGCAGCCAAUGGCCGUCUCAGUGCUCUGCGUCAGCUGCUGACCCUGGGUGCUGACGUGGAUGCACCGAACAGCUGUGGCAAUAGUCCCCUGCAUGUGGCAUGCCUCAACGGCAAGGAGGACAUCGCUGAUGAGCUGCUUGCUGCUGGCGCCCACAUCUCUGCAGUGAACUACCGUGGUCAGACACCGUUGCAUUACGCGGCAGCCUCAACACACGGUGCUGGCUGUCUCGAGGUUCUCCUGCGUCACAGAGGUGCCGUAGUGAACUGCCCCAGCCAGGAUGGCCGCACACCAUUGCACAUGGCUGCAAUACACGGCCGCUGCAGCCGUGCCCAGACUCUGUUGGAAGCCGGUGCCCAUGUUGAUGCUCAAGAUGUGCAGGGCUGCACAGCGCUGCAUGUUGCUGCCCGCCAUGGGCAUGACCUGUUGCUUGGGGGACUGCUGCUGGCUGGAGCUGCCUGUGACACUCAUGGCUCUGCGGGAAUGACACCGCUGCACAUGGCUGCCUUAGGUGGGUAUACCGACUGUUGCCGCAAGCUUCUCCACGCUGGUGCAAAGGUUGACGCCAGAGACGACCAAGGGCGGACAGCUUUGCAUUCUGCCGCAUACGGCGGCAAUCAAGAAACCCUGCAGUUGCUCUUUGAUCGAGGCGCUGACUGCUUUGCCUGUGAUAGCUUUGGAAGGCUGCCCCUGCACUACAGCGCUGGGGGUGGGUCCGAGCAGCAGCAGCAGGGAGGUGGCUGCCUGAGUGCCCUGCUUGCACACGGCUCGGACGUGGACCGAGCGGACGUCGAUGGGCGCACACCUUUGCUGGUGGCAUCCGCUUCUGGCGACUCUGAAGGGCGCUCCUUGACCCUUCUGCUCGAGCAUGGAGCCCAGCCUGCGACGCAGGACAACAGGGGCUUUGGUGCCCUGCACCACCUCGCCGCUGCUGGGCAUUUGGCCCCGCUCACAACUCUUUUAUCUGUGAUGAACACUGAAGAAGUCAGAAGAACAAAGUCUCGCAAUGGACUAACACCUCUUCAUCUUGCGGCUUUGGGUGGACACAGCGACUGCCUCCAAGCAUUGCUGUCUGUCGGAUGCCUAGCAGACGUGUUGGAAUCCACUGAAGAAGAGCAGGGCUGGAGUGCACUGGCCCUGAGUGCCCUGUUGGGGCAGACUGCCUGCCUGCGCCACUUGCUGCUUCACGGAGCCCAGCCGCUAGGAAGCAACCCUCGCACUGGGGCGACCCCAGUGCAUGCCGCUGCCGCCUUAGGUCAGACGGAGUGCCUUGAGAUCCUUCUCCAUGGUGCCAAAGGAUCCGAUGCCCCCAACGCAAGAGAUGCUAGCAACAGGACUCCUCUGAUGCUGGCUGUCUUGAAGGGCCACGCUGACUGUGUGGAGUUACUGCUGAGACACGGUGCUGCUGUAGAUGCUGAAGACAUGUCCCGCAGGACGGCCCUCUUUUACGGAGCUUUUGGGGGCAGUGAGGAAUGCAUGGGCAUGCUAUUGAAAGAAGGUGCGACUGUCCUCUUGCGUGACAACAUGGGCAAGACCCCCAUGCACCUGGCAGCAGCUGUGGGCAAUGGUGCUGUCCUGUCAAUGCUGCUGCGCCACAGCCCCGAAGGGGAGGGCGCCGACCGUCUUGUUGAUCUUCAGGGUUUUACUCCAAUCCACUGGGCAUGCUACGGAGGUCAUGGCCCUUGCCUCGGCACACUCCUGGAACACACUCGAACAAAUAAAUUUUACGGGAACUCUUUCAGUCCGCUUCAUUGUGCAGCAUUCCAUGGGAGCGAGUUUUGUAUAGAAUUGUUGCUCAAUCAUUUUGGGAAGAAGUUAGUGCAAUUACGGGACAAAAAGCAAAGGACUGCACUCCACGCGGCUGCGUGCGACGACAGCGUACUGUGCCUGCAGACUCUGGUCAAGGAAGGAGCUGACAUCAAUGCCGCUGACUGCCGGGGCCAAACACCACUCAUGAUGGCUGCUGCCCAUGGGAGUUGCAAGUCCAUAGAGGCCUUAUUGGAGCUGAAAGCCGACAUCCUUGUGCAAGACAGCAAGGGUAAUAGUGCUCUUCAUCAUGCUUGCUUGCAGAAACAAGAGGGAGCAGUGGCCACACUAUUGGGGAAAGCAGACUUCGUGAAGCUCAUCAAUAUGAUCAAUGAUGACAUGAAAACUGCUCUUCAUGUUGCCGCAAGCAAUGGCCUGAUCGAUGCAACUCAGGCGCUACUCCUGAAUGGUGCUGACGUGCUUGCCACAGAUGUCAAUGGCCACACACCUGCCCUCUCCUGUGCCAGGAGCAACGAAGUAGCCGAGUGCCUUGCUCUUAUCCUGGCCGUGAUGCCUUCAUCAAGCCCUUUCCGGAUGGAUGGCUUCUCACGUGGGAGCAGCCUGUACAGACAGGGGGGCCAUCUCUCCGAGCUGUUUAGCGACCAAGCCAACCACCACACGGGGGCGCGCCCGUCCUCUGCCGAGAGCCGCGAUUGUUCCGAGCCCUGUCAGAGUUCGGACUCUGAGUACUACUGACGGUUCCUGCUGCCCACGCUGUUCCCCAUCAAUGGUUACGGUCCGAGCAAGGAGGCCACUGGGGCCCUUGCUUAGCCACUAUCACUGUUGGGAUUUGCGGCGCUGGGUGGCAGGAUAAUGUUGCUCUCGACAGCACAACGUUGAGCCCUUGGCCAGCCGACCGAAGGCUCUCUUGUUUCGUUACUGCUCAGGUUGCUUUCUUUGUUCUGCCUGCAACCAAUCUUUGCGGAAUGUGGUGCCAUGAUAUAUAAGUGGGCCUGCUCACCGUAAGGAGUGUCACUGGAGGUUCCCGCAUUUUUCAUUUUGUAAGUCCUUGCACGAGAAUGGCCACCACGAAUGCAAGAUGCUGUGAAAUUUCAUCGAAGUAUACACUUACUUGGCGUGCUGGAAGCUACACAUUUGGGUCCCGCUUUGCUUCAACCACCAAAAGAGAGCCCGAUUUUUUUGUUAGGAUAUCCAGUGUUUUGUGGCUUCUAAAAGUACUCUUAAUUGCCCUCUAGGGUAUAUGUAUAAGCAAUUGAUCUGCUGUGUUUCUUGCAGAUGUAGAUGUUUAUUUUUAUGAACGGUUCUAUGCAGAUGAGUAUGCAUGCACAAUAUCUUUCUUUUUUUUUUUUUAGUACCUCCUUUGGCUCUCUUUAGUUUUGUGUACUAAGGAGCCUUCAGCCAAUUUAUUUUUUCUUUUUGUUGUUUAUGCCUUGUUCUACUUUCUUUAUCAUAGUAACACAAGCGUCCUAGUGGUAUAUAGUUACCACUUCACUGUGGCCCUUAUCCCGGCAAUCUCAGUUUAGUCGUUCAAAUCUGUUUUUGUCUAUAGGCUUUGCUUUAAAAUGAAUUGCUCGUGCUGUUGCAGUGUAUCCACUGCAUUUUGUUUCAUUGGGAUUUGCUGGAGGCCAAGAGCGUAGGCUUUCUGUCAUGAUGUGAUUGUUUUCAACAAAGAUAUAUGACCUCACAGUUGUGGCAAUCCCGUUUUAACCACACGUAUCAUCCCUAAAAAACGGAAGCAGCAGGCGGCAAAAGUACUCUUUCUGCCGUCCAAAGCGAGCCUAGAGUGCACGUGCAGUCGCCGCUGCUGUUUCCGCUGCCUCCAUGGCCUCCGGAGUAGUGGGAGGCGUGACAAUGCAUUCCACCGCAAGCGGGUUCUUUGGUGGUCGCAUUACCUGCAUUUUGCUGAAAUGACAAUUUGCGCCAGUGCAGCUUUGUGGGUGUACUCCUCGACAGUUGAUAAGAAAUGCCUGCGUUGGCUCUGUCACUGAAUCUGUGAGCUCGCGUUUUAUCAAAGGAAAAUAAUCAGUGCAGAGCUAGUCGUGGCAGUGCUCAUGACCCUUUAAGUUUGUAUUUUUUCUUCUUUUUUUUCUGAUUGAACAUUUUUGCUUGUCUACAACUAGUCCCUGUGUGUAAUCUUUAGCGUGCUUCCCCGCCCCAUAGGUUUAUAUAGGGGAAUGAUUGUGCAAAUGCAAUAGCAUAGCUGAAGUUGGCCAUAGCAUCAGUGAGUGGCAUUUUUGAGUUAUGCUGCUUUUCGAGAAUUCAAAAACCAAAUGGGAAUGGUUUUCUUUAUAGAGUUUUGUGCAUAUGUUGAAUGGAUAGCUAUGCAGUGUCAAAUUCUUAGUUGUCCACGGUGUCCUACUCCCGUGAUUUUUUUUUUUCUUUUUUUGUACCUCGCUAUUAGCUGCAUUUGCGUACGGCAUUGACUUCAAGGGAUUGAAGUGAAGCUGCAUUGUGUUAUGUGUUGCUCUGCAGACCUGACGCUUUUAUUUUGUUUAGCAACUUCAUAUGCCAGUUGCGUCUAGUAAAGUGCAUUGCUUGCAUGCUAGAGGUUUUACCAUGCUUACACGUGAAUUGCACAGGUUUGUUUCUGCGUGACCAUUUGAUGGCCAUAAUAUGUCUUGGAAAUUGGGCGCAGCAAAGGAUCAAUAUAAGCCGUGCUUAAAGUAAUUGCAACAAAUGUGUGCAUAGUUGGAUGUCAGUGUAGGGAAUGAAGGACUGAGAUAUGGAAUUGUGAAAUAAAUUUUAACAUUAUUUUUA